AAAGCCAAUCCUGGCUCCUUGUGCUCUGUGCGGGCCAUUGAUCAGAGCGUGUUGCUGUUGAGACCAGAGGCUGAGCUUAAUACAGAAUUUGUCUUUAGAAUGUUACCAGUCCAGAUUUUGUCAGGUUACCCAUACAACAUUGAGGAGUUGGAGCCUUACCCUUGUCGAUAUCCCUGGGAGGUAAUUCCGUUUGCUGAACCUGCAAGGCGCAAACGUUCCCGCAUCUAUUACCCUUACUACGACAACAAAAAUGAUGUCUACAACAUCUUUAAAGCAGUUGGAAUCAAAAUCGCUACCAACUCUGAUGUGAAAGCACCCGUUGUUUGUCGUUAUUAUAAUACGUUUAAGAAAGAAUCUAUUAUGGACAAUGGUGGGAGCUUGGGAUUUGAUGUAGAAAACAGUAUGCGUGUGAAUAUGCCUGUUCCGGACGUGGUUUUGCCUCCAAAAGUGGAAGAACGUACUGAGAACAUACGCAAAUCCUUUCUAGAAACUUGGAUAUGGGAUCUUAUACCUGUAGGGAAAUCAGGAUCUGUGGACAUUGCAAAGACUGUCCCGGACACCAUCACUAAAUGGGCAGCAGGGGCUUUCUGCACAUCUAAUGCUGGGUUUGGAGUGGCCCCCAAAACUGAUCUCAUUGCUUUCAAGCCCUUUUUUGUCAGCCUCACUCUCCCUUACUCUGUUAUCCGUGAGGAGACGUUCACUCUCAAAGCCACUGUAUUCAACUACCUCCCCAAAUGUAUAAUGGUGAAGGUCACACUGGCAGACUCACCGCAGUUCACCGCUCAGCCGUGCAAAGGCUGCACUUACACUCAGUGCGUUUGCUCUGAAGAAAGCCAAACCUUCCAGUGGAUUGUUACACCCUCUGAACUGGGAAAGGUGAACAUUACAGUGCGUGCUGAGGCAGUGAAGAGCCAAGAACUGUGUGGCAAUGAAGUGGUGACUUUGCCGGACAAAGGCAGAGUUGAUGCUGUGAUGCAGAGUGUUCUUGUGCAGGCAGAGGGAACUAAACAAUCAGUCACUCAGAAUGAACUCAUCUGCUUAACAGACGGUCCAUACAACACAUCAGUCUCUCUCACUCUACCCAAAGUGUUUGUCAAGGAUUCUGCCAAAUGCUUCAUCACUGUUCUGGGUGAUCUGAUGGGUCGUGCUCUGAAGAACAUCGCUGAUCUGUUGGCUAUGCCAUAUGGUUGUGGAGAGCAGAACAUGCUGGUUUUUGCCCCCAAUAUCUACAUCCUUCAGUACCUGGAGAGCAGCGGGCAGCUCACUCCUGAGAUUAAAAACCGAGCCAUAACCUUCCUGCAGAGCGGCUAUCAGAGGGAGCUGACAUACAAGCAUUAUGAUGGAUCUUACAGUGCUUUUGGGAUGAGUGAUCCUUCUGGUAACACCUGGCUAACUGCUUUUGUGAUGAAGAGUUUUGGUGGGGCAAAGAAGUAUAUAUUUAUAGAUCAGACUAACAUCGAUCAGGCAAAGGACUGGCUGAAGCGACAGCAAAAGGAGAACGGCUGCUUCGCAUCUGUUGGGACGCUCUACCACAUUGAUAUGAUGGGUGGCGUCAAUGAUGAAGUCAGUCUUUCUGCGUACAUCACUGCAGCGCUGCUGGAGUUAGGCAUCCCGAACACUGAUGAAAUGGUGGCAAAAAGCCUUGUAUGCCUGAAGGAAUAUUCUCGUAACAUUACCAACACUUAUGUGACCGCCUUGCUGUCCUACACAUUCACUCUUGCUGGAGAUGAACAGAUGAGACAGAACCUCCUCUCUAAACUGGACCAGCAGGCCAGCAGAGAAGGUGUUGGACGAUAUUGGACUAUGGCUAAUAAUGCACAACCGACAGGCUCUGUGGAGGUAGAGACAAGUGCUUACGUGUUGUUGGCGCUGCUCUCUGGACCCACACUGCCUGGAUUUGGACUGGACUAC